AAGAAGAAGAUGAUGAUGAUGAAGAAAUAGCAAUAGACAUGGAAGAUGAUCUGUGUUCGCCCAUAAUCGAGGAGACACAACCAUCGUUCUCUUUAAAACGUCUCGCGCCCAGCAAUACCUACCGAAGCUAUCCCUUUAGUAUAAGAACGAACUUUGAAACCUAUGAUGAAGAAGAAGCAGACGAUAUUCCAUCUCCCAUUGGAAUAGAUGACGGUGAUGAUGAAGAUGAAGCAGAAGAAGAAGAAAACGUACAAAAAGGAGCAAUAAUGGCCGAAGAUACACAAAAGCAUGAUUAUUAUCCGCUGGCUAAAGACACACAACAUUACUUCACCGACUCUGCAACAGCAACUGUAUUGUUGCCUUUAAUUGAAGAGGAAUCAGUAAUAGUAGAACACAACGGAUAUUCAUCAGCCGAAUCCAUAAACCUUGAUGAAUACUUCCAAGAAGUCGAUGAACAAGAUACAUAUGAACAAUGUAACAGGUUGAUUGGUGGUGAUGACGACACGCAAAACUCCAUAUAUCACGCAGCCAACGACGAUAAUGGCACGCAAGACACCGUACCUUAUGCAGCCAACGACGAUAUUGGCACGCAAGACACCGUACCUUACGCAGCCAACGAUAGUGACACACAAGACACCAUACCAUACACAGACAAUGACGAUCAUGAUAUACCGUAUACCAUACUUUACGCAGAUAAUCACGAAAUAGAAGAGGAAAAUGAUGAUGAUAAUCGUACAGUACAAUAUAGUUUCCACGAUAACAAUGAAGUACUUACACCCGAUACAGUUCCGUAUGACUCUUAUGAGGAGCAUCAGGAUGAUUCCAAUACAGUUAAAGCUACCAAUGAUAUACCCCAAUUACAAGAACAGCAUUCUCAUUCUGUCGAUACCACCACUACCAGUAGUCAUAAAGAGCAAAACAGCAACAACAACAAUGUAAAUGAAGUGCAUUCUGAUUUUUCGGCCGAUUUGUCAGAUUUUAAUGAAGAAGAAUGGAUGCAAUUAGAAAGAGUAAUGAGCAAUGCAUCUUCGAAAGACACUUUUUCAAGCUCUCCUUCCUCUGCUACAGCUUUCUCUCUAGUGACUAAUACUGUUACUACUACAACAUCAGCAGCAGCAACAGCAACAUCAUCAGGUAGAACAAAAUCAGUCACUAGCGGUAAGAAAAGAAGAGCCGCGUCUCCUAUACCCGUGCCAACUCAACAGCCACUUAUACGACCAGAAGAGAAACAUGUAUUAAAAACCAUGAACACACUCAAGAAACCCACAACGAUCAUGGAUUACUUUAACCAUCCCAGUAGUAAUGUAAUUAGAGCCAAUGACACACAGAUAGAGGAAGAAGAGGUGGGUAAAGAAUCGACAAUUCCUUAUUUCACAUCAAGCCCUGAGGAAGGAGAAGAUGAAUACUGUAGGAAGAAAAAGUUCAAUGAGGAAACGAUAAGUCAAGCACAGCAGAAGAGAUUUGUUAGGAAAAAACCGCGUAUGGGUUUAUCAAAAAUGGAUCUUGUCCCAAAGAAAAGUAUAUAAAUAGUCUUUGCCAGUUCCCCGCCCCCCCCCUGCCUCUUCUCUUUCAGUCAUGAUUGUUUCAUUCUACUUCCAGUUCUCUCUUUCAAUUAUAUGUUGCUUUAUUAGGGCUCUCAAAGGUAUUUGCUAUAUACGUAUGUAUAUAAAUAAAACGUAAUACAAUGUAUACCACACGCGUCAAUAACCAACCCAGAUAAAGAAGUAUAAAAAUAAACAAACACGGGUUCACUAUAGUUUUAAAAAAUACAAAAUCUGGGUGUUUGAAUUUACCGAUAUUUUUUUUUUUUU